AUGUCAUAUAACGAUGAGUUCGACGAGACUUUUAAUGAAUUACUGGGUGAACAGUGGUGGAAAACAGCACAGGAAGGACUGCAGUUGGGUGUAGAAUUAGAUGAAGACCGGAUACUUACUGAACCGGUGUCGUAUGAAAACGUUUUCGAUGAACAUAUUGAUUAUGCUAAUGAUGAAAAACAAAUCCAGCUAGCAAUCAAACGCCUAGACGAUCUGAGGUUAGAACUGUCAGAUCUCAGACGUCGCAAAACUAGAGUGUUUAACAUUCUAACCGAGCACAUCGAAAAGGGAUUGUGCGAAUCUGAUAUACCGAUUAGAAAUGGAACAAAAGAGGAAAAUGAACAAUACUAUGAAAAGUUACUGAUGGAAUUCAAAAAGAAAAAAGAAGCGGCAGUCAAACGAAAACAUGAUUUAAAUGAGAAAAUAAAUAUAAAUACUGAGUACUUGAAAAUGAAACGGAUAGAAUGUGCAGAACUCGCUGAAAACCAGUAUAACUUAGAAAUAAAAACUGCUGUGGGCAUGGUAUAUGACAAGACAAAGGAAAAACUUUCUCAGGAUGAUGUAGAAAAGUUAAUUGAAUCUUGUAGACUGCAGGAUCUAAAGUUAAACAAAGCGCGCUUGAAAUACAUUUUACAGAAACAAAAUUGUAAAAAGAGGAGAGAAGAUAUUGAAAAUUUGGCACCAAGCACAUUUAGUAUACCUGAAUAUCAGAGAUUAUUAGCGAAAAACAAAACAAUUAAAAAUAGUACGGAAGUUAUGGUAAAUAUUAAAAACAAAUAUCUAAAAGAAAUUAAAGCUGAAUUAGCUAAAAUUCCUAAUAUUAACAAAAAAAUGGUCGAUUUAAAAGAAGAAAGGAAGAAAAAUGAGGCUGAGUUAGAAAAACUUAAAGAUGAGUGGAAACAGAAUGUCGAAGCAAAAGCAAAUAUCCAGAAGUAUGAAAACCAAAUAAAAAAGGGUCAUAAGUCAGAUUGUUUUGUUGACAAUCAGUUACUUAUGAAUGAUUAUACCGAGUGUGUAGAAAAAGAUAAGAUAGUUAAACAGACUAUGAAUGACUUAUGUCUUAAGUUGUUUCAAGCCGAGCUACAAAUAAGACGGCUAACAAUUAUGCUAAAUAAUAUAGAAAAGUAUAGUUGA